AUGUCUACAGACUCUCCCAGCUCCACAUUUACACCCAGUGCCAACAAGUUUCUGACAACGACACCAGCCCCUCAGACCUCCUCCCUACGCACCUCUGAGCCUCCAGGGUUCUCCUUCCAGCAGAUGGCGCACUCACAGUGUGAGGAGAGCAGUUCUGUGUCAUGUACCACUGCCCAGCGCGAGAGAGAGAGUGCCACCUACAGACAGAGAAAUGCCGCUGCAGAGAGCUGCAGGAGGCACAGCGUUGAUGGAGCCAUGGUGGGACAGAGUCAAAUGUCAAACUUAGUGUCAGGAUCGGCUGACCGCUUCCACCCCUACCGACAUCAGUUCAGCGAUGAUGGGGUUGGCACCGGUUGCCUGGCCCCUGGUGCCCCUGGGUCUCGUACCUUCGUCUGUCUCAGAGAGGUAGAGGCUCCAGAUAGCUUCGUUGCCACAUGCACAUCUACCAGUGAGAAACAGACAUCCUGGGAUCCAUACAACGGGAGUUUCCAGGCUUCCAGACUGAUGCAGGGCUCCCAGUGCUCUUACACAGAACCACCGGAUGCACCCGAAGAACCUUCCUGCUUCCUGUCCCAAGGCCACGCCUCCUACAGCCCCCUAGCCCCGCUUCCGCAGUUCUCACCAGGUGUGUAUUCUACCAGUGGACAAUCCAAAAGUUCUCAGUAUUCUCUCCAGUGCCUCUCCACUCCAACCCAUCAGGACAGUAGCAUGCAGUCCCUCUUCCCCAAGCCCAUCUACUCAUACAGCAUCCUGAUCUUCAUGGCUCUGAGGAACAGUAAGACAGGGAGUCUCCCGGUUAGUGAGAUCUACAGGUUCAUGACUGAACACUUCCCCUACUUUAAGACGGCUCCAGAUGGAUGGAAGAACUCGGUCCGCCACAACCUGUCUCUGAAUAAGUGCUUUGAGAAGGUGGAGAAUAAGAUUGGCAACUCUUCCCGUAAAGGCUGCCUGUGGGCCCUCAACCCAGCCAAGAUAGAGAAGAUGCAGGAAGAGCUACACAAGUGGCGCCGUAAAGACCCCCUCACUGUCCGCAAGAGCAUGGCCAGGCCAGAGGACCUGGAUCGCCUGUUGGGGGAAAGACCAGAGAAGCUUAAAUCUUUACCUUCUUACCACAACCAAAUCCCUACCCCUUCCUCCUUCACAUCCCAUCCUCCAGAGCCCUGUCACCCUCUUCAACGUCCCCUCUACCCCCACGUCCCCCCUCCCUCCCUGACAGUCCAACAGCACCCCCAUUACCUGCCCCCCACCCCCCCCUUCUCCUUCUACUCCCCCUGCAGACAGCAGCCUCCAUCGGGAAUCCCCCCCAAUGUGGGUACCCUGGGUUCCCCUCUGGCGGGGCAGACACCCCCCACCUGUAGCGCCACCAUACAGGCAGAGUAUGAUGUUGGGCCCAGGAGCAUACAGGAGCUACAGCUAGAUGAAGAUGCUAGUAACGAUAUCGACACGCUCAACCCCAGCUUGACUGACCUGCAGCUCCACGGUUACUUGUGGGACGAGCUGAGAGAGGACAGCCUGGCUCCUGAUUCGCUGGUGGUAAUCAGCCCCUUCCUGUCCCCAUCCUCUUCCCAGCCAACACACCUCCUCCUGGGGUCCAGUCUGAGGAGCAACGGUCCUGUCAACCAGACAUCAGAGUGGCUCUCUGACGGGCUGGGGAAGGAAGAUGAGGAGGAGAUGGGAGGAGGAUGUGGAGGUCCAUCAGACCUCCAUAUUAAUGGACAGUACCACACAGCCUACCCAGGUGUGGAGAGCUUGGCUGGUUACCUCACUUCUAUGGGGAACACCCCCAUACCUUUGCUUUGA